AGCCAUGGCAACAGAGCAGCGGCAGCAUCCUCUCGUUCCCUCACCCUGCGCGCGGACAGCUGAGCUUAGCUAAACGUGCUUCCAAAAUGGCGACGGGACGUCAAACGUUUGUACCGGUGCUCCUCUGCUCGCUUUGUUGUGUGACAUUUGCUGUAAUUCUCAAAACUGCAGAAAAGGAUGUGUGGGCCAAUGAAUUUGAGCCAAUCAAAUUGACCUGCUUGAUAGAAUCUAUAUCCACAAGCAACCCUAGAAUUGAAUGGAAGAAAAUAAAAAAUGGGAGUCCCAGCUAUGUAUAUUUCCAAAACAAAAUAUCAGGUGAUUUGGAGAACAGGGCAGAGAUGAGCGAACCUGCAAAUCUCCGGAUCCUGAAUGUCAGCAGAUCAGACAGUGCAAUGUAUCGCUGUGAAGUGGUUGCCAUUGAAGACCAUAAACCCUUUGAUGAAAUACUCAUACGCCUGACUGUAAGAGUGAAGCCGGUGGUGCCACGUUGCAGCGUUCCAAAUUCGGUCACUGCAGGAUCUCCUACAGAGCUACGGUGUAUGGAGAGUGAGGGCUACCCUCUGUCUCAGUACCAGUGGUUUCGCAACAACGAGGAGCUGCCCGAGGACCCCAAAACCAGCAUUCGCUUCUACAACUCCUCAUAUGUUAUGAAUGCUGAGACUGGGUCACUGAAAUUUAGAAUAGUGAGAAAAGAAGAUGCAGGGGAGUACUACUGCCAGGCCAGAAAUGACGCAGGUCAUGCAAAAUGCGCACCGCAACCCAUGGAAGUCUAUGAUUUUGACAUCGGGAUGUUGCUCUUAAAGAUUGUAGCAGGAGUGAUCGCAUUAAUUUUUUUAACAGUGGGACUCUGUCUGGCUCAAAAACACGGCUACUGUUCCUGCAGGGAUGGUAUAGAAAACGAUUAUAAAGUUCCUCAAUAUGACAGCAGAAGGAACUGCGUCAGUGCGGAUGAAGGGCAUUUCCGGCAUAAAUCGUCUUUUGUCAUAUGACCAAGAAGGCGAAGAUUACGGGCGAUUUCACUGAACUGUGUGCCACAAAUAUGAACUCUCACAAUGUGAAUUUUCUUCUACGGUGCAUAAACAUGAUCUUCUUUGCCAAAGCUAUUAACAGACAUCACAGUAUUUUACAGACAAGUAUUACAGUAUUACAGCUCUCUGGGAAAAUUUUAUUCCUCAUAUGUUACAGAAGUGAUUGCAAUUAUUCUUUUGACAGUUUUUAAAAGGAAAUGAAAGAAAGAUCUUUAUGCAUUUCACAUCGUUUUUAAUUACAAGUUUCAAUUUCCAAAAGCAAAACUUGUCCAGAACAUUAUACUUCAUCAUGAGAUGUGUCAUGUGUAUGGUCCAGGAAAGUGCAAAGUAGCUCAUUUUGCUGGUUGUACACUGAAAUGUUGUAUACAUUCUGCCAUGUAUAAUCGAUCGGAGCAGCACAUAGCAGGGUUCAGUCAGUCAUUGGGAUAAGUACAGUAUUCUUACUUUCAGAAACACUGAUUUGACAGUUUUGACUCUAAACGAGGCUGAGUUCUGGGAUGUUACUUGUCAGUGUUUCAGGGAAAGUUAUUUAUCUCGUAAUGUAAACAGGGGGAAAAAGAUUUAGUUAUGUAUGGUAGGUCUUUUGUGUAACAACUCAAGUAUUUAUGUACAGUAUGUUUGCAUUUGAGGUGUUGCUAUAAUCCUACAGAUGCCGUAGUCUAAACUAUUCACACAUUGGUAGGCAGCAAACCAUCCCUGUGUGAUAGGAGCGAAUUAUGUGCUAAGUUUGUUUAGAAUUGGGACAAAAUUUAAAGUAAAAAUUUAAACAGAUUCACAAUACAAAUCGAAUCGGCACCUGGGUAUCAUGAUAAGGUCAUACUGGUCCUUGAUGAUUCUCAUCCUUAUUGUAUGGAAACAGUUGCAAAAGUUUUAACAGUUCAAUUGAUCACUGUUCAAUAAAAAGAUUGUUUAACAUUGGUAAUCCUUUAAUCGGCAUUAAAUCAAUGUUGUUAGACCUAUACAUUAUAUAUUUAAGAAGGAUAUUUAUAGAUUCUGUCAGAGUGCUUUCUCGCUCUUUUUCACUUUUUCUCUCUAAGUGACCUUCUGUGAUUUUUUUAUUGUUUUAUAUUAUUAUAUUUUGGACAAAUUGUCCUGCUUUGUUCAGUAGCUGUGUUAAAGUUAAAGUUUGAAUUAUUUAGGUUUAGCAAAGUCAAAAGGAAUUGCUGCUAAGAUUGUGGGCCAUGACCAAUUAAAAAACAAAAAAAUCCUAUUACACUAUUAAAAGAUUUUCAGGUUUCCAGAUCUUUUUUUUUUUUUUUUUUUUUUUAAUCCAAGCCCAUUAUCCAUUUACAUCACCACUACAAAAUUAUUUUUUCUGGCUGGUUUUAAAAUAGCUUUCUAUUGCAAAGAAGCUAACCCAGACUGUUAAAACGUAUAAAUAUGUCUUACAUUUUUGUGAGUUUUGACAAAUUGUCUUCCAUGAUGGCAUGUCCCACUGUCUUACAGGCAGCAUGACUGACUGUUAUUCUGAAUGCUGUAAAGAAAUGCACAGUGUAUAAGAAGAACUGAAUAAGGACUGAGGUUCAGACAAUGCAGUGAGGUAACUUAUAUAUGAAAUGAAAUAUUACUCAAUGUUUGCGCCAAAUCGCCAGUACCGGAAUGUGAACUGUGCUAGUAUUUAUUUAAAUAAGAUUUGUUUUUUUUUUACGUUGGAGAUGUUUGAUUUUGCAUGGCUAAGCAGAACUGUGCAAGAUAAAUUACUCAAAAAACAUUAACAAAGAGUAAAUGAAAAUAUUAACAUGUAUAUGUAUACAGUAUAUAGCCUCACCACAACUGCCUGUUUGAUACAGAAAUUAUUUUAGCGUCUCUUAUAAAAAUAAGAGUCAUUGAGUCUGUUUGGAUAUUCGUUUCCCUUAUUACUGUAUGCCAGUUCAUUGUCAGUGUUGGUGUAGUCAAGUUUGCUGCUUAAUUCAUAUGUAUGGUCUAAGAAGGUGCAUUCUGGCCAAUAUAAUUCCAUAGUUAUUCCAUAACUAUAUAUACUUAAUUAUUUUUUUGAUUCAAAUAGCAAUUUCAGGUAUACAUUAUUUAUCUGAAAUUAAUAAAUGGU